AUGGUAAUUAAUUCGCCUUCAUGUUCAAAGUGGGGAGUUGGCAAAAUUCGUAGAGUUGUUUUGCACAAUAUUGGUGGACAUGAAUUACUGGAUAUUGAACUAUCAAAUUCAUUAAAUAUAAUAACUGGAGGUAAUGGAAGUGGUAAAAGUAGUUUUGUGUCAGGAAUUGCACUGCUUUGUGGUUGGAGUAGUAAGAAGGCAGGAAAGGACAUAUCACUGAUUAAUUAUGUUCGUAAUGGUACAAGUAAGGGGAGUGUAAGAAUUUAUUUCAGCAAUGAAAUGUCUCAUCACAAUGAUACUAAAGAGGAUAUGUACUUAUACGACUUGUUUGGAAAUGAAAUUAUUAUUGAGCGUGUCAUUUAUACGAGAGGAACUAGUGAAUACAUUUUUACUGGUAUAAAAUCUGAUGCUCCAGUAUAUAAAGGUCAAGAAGCUAGGGCACAUUUGGUACGGUUCCGUUCUUUUGCAAAGAUUAUGAUAAAUAAUCCAAUAACUUAUUUGACACAGAUAGAUGCUAAGUACUUGAUAAGAGAACAAAAUUCACCAAAGUGCCUUUAUGACUUUUUCCAGAGGGCUCAUAUGUUUGAUGUGUCUUGGAGACACCUUAAAGAGGAGCAAAGUCAUCUUGAAAACGCAGCUUCAGUUUCUGAGAAUUUAAGAAUGAGAUUAGAAAUACUUAAAAAAGAUGUAGAUAAAUCGAAGAUGCUAGUUAAAAUGAUAGAAAAGUUGAAAUAUUCUAAAAAAAUGAUUAUUAGCUUAGAUAUAUUGAUAUUGUUAAUAAAGUUAAAAGAGAUAGUGGUUAAAAUAGGGGAAUCUGAAACAAGAAGGUUCUCACUAAUAAAACAGAAUGAAGAAAUGGAUUUAGACAGAUUGCACUCCACAUUAAAGGAAUUAGACUUUGAACAAAAUAAAUUAAAUGAAGAGUUGGAUUUAGAGAACAAUAAAUAUAGAAAUUUGGAGAUGAGUAUAAGUGGUCUCACAAGGAAGAUACAAGAAGAAGAAGUAAAUUUGAACAGGAUGUUACGACGUAAAUUUGAUUUAAAUAAAGAAAAUGAACAGAUAAUCCUUCAGUUAUCUCUUAAAAAGAAGAUUUCUGAGGAUGAAAUUAAUAGUGAGGAUAAUCAAACAUUAUUGCACAAUAGAAAUAUAGAGAAGGAUAAUAUUGUUGAGAAGAUAACAAGUAUAGAAACUGACAUAAGAGUAGUUGAAAGACAGAUUUCAUUGGAACAUGAGGAAUUAGCUAAGUUAAAUUCUGAGAUUCAGAACAAUAAGUUUGAAAGGCAAAAAUUGAAAUCUCAACUUGAUUAUAUAAAAGUAGAUAUUUCUAAUAAUCAGAAUAUAUUGAUGAGUAGCAGAGAUUCUAUGAAUAGAAUUUUAAAGGCUACUGAAGAUUUGAAGAACAAGAUAUCUAGUUUGAAGGUACAUAUAAAGUCUGAAGAUUCUUUUGAUAAAACUCAGACUACACCAAAGAAGAUUGCUUCAGUAGGAUUAGAUUAUUAUAAAUCUGUGUAUAGUUACUAUACAGAUAGUGAAUUUAUUGCUUUAUUUGGAUUUUCAAAGGCUGUGCAUAUGCAAAUUCAGAGUGAAAUAGCUCUUCAUAAAGAGUUUGAGAAUAAUUGUAUAGGACCUAUAGGGUUACAUAUCUUCGUAUUAGCUGCCUAUCACGAAAAUACAGCUCUUGUUGGUUUAAUUGAUGAAAUAAUUGGAGGUAAGCUUGAAUUAAACUCUAGUAUUCAAGCAAAUAUUAGUGUGAGAAAAAAUUAUAAGCUAUGGAUUGUAGCAAAUUCAAAUAGCAAGUAUAGAUUACUCGAAUUGUUCAGAAAAAGUGGGAUCAAUAUAGAUGUUAGUCUUAUACUUAUAAGAUCAUUUGUUGGGAAAAACAGAUAUGAUUUAGCUAAUGUUUCUUCUCGUCGCCCAGAUAUUGGAAUGGUCUUAAUGGACUUAGUUGAAAUUUCAAAUGAUGAUGUUUUUAAUUUUCUGGUUGACUUCUGUCAGAUUGAGACUACCUUUGUUUUUUAUAAUGAAAAAGAUAUGGAUUUGAUAUUUAAUUACAAGUACAAUAUUAAAAGGGCCUAUUGCUUAUCAAAUCGUCAAUAUAGGUUUAGAAGAGCAGGCAUUAUAGUAGCUCCUGAAGCUGGUAGUACAAUAGGAAGAAGUCACUUAAGGAAGUUUUUAUUGCGAGCUAAGACAAAUCUAAAUUUGAAUCCACAUGAUUUAAAUAUUAAUAAGGGAGAACUUCGAAAUUCUAGAGCUGAUAUUCAUGUUCUUGAAGGUCAAUUGAGGGAUUAUAUUAAGCAGAGUGAAUUUAUGGAGAAUUUAAUAAAAGAUACUGGUGAGAAUCUGGAGCGAUACAAAACAAGCACUAAGCAUAUAGAGUCUAAAAUAAAGAUAUUAGAUGACACUGAAUGUGCAUAUAAGUCGAUGUUAGAAGUUUUAAAGGCUAGUAUUAAUAAGUCUGAGAGUAAUUUGGCUAAUUUAUAUAAGAAUAAAAAUGAAAUAUCUAUAUAUUUAGAUGAGGUUCAAAUAGACAUUGAACGGUUAAUUAGAGAAAGAGAUAGAGAUAAGUGUACUCAAAAUAAUGAUAUUAAUAAUUUAAACUCUGAAAAGAUACAAAGAGACAUAUUGCUUGAAGAAGCUGAAAGAGCUAUUAAAGAAAUUGAAAAUUCUAUAGAAAAGGUUAAAAGUCAAUUGAUCUCUUUAAAUUUAGAAAGAGAUAGUCAGAAGGACAAACUGAACUUAAUUGAAAAUAAAAAGAAUGAUGUAAUAAAACAAACAACAUCUAUAUUUAAUAAAUUGCCUGAAAUAAAAAAACAGUGUGCUAAUUUUAAUCUUGAGAUAAAAAAUUUGGAAGCUAGUAUUAAAUCUAUGAAGGAAGAGAGCUAUGGUGUUAAGUUACAAAUAAAUAGUUUGAUAGCUUCGAUGAGUGAUGGUUUUCUAGGAAAGAGUGAAGAGACACAGGCAAUGGAUGCUGAAGAUUUAAUAAAGUGGGAAACUCCAAAGCCAAUAUUCUUCAGAGAAUUAAUGGAAUACUUUAAGUGGAAUAGUGGUAAAUCAAAGGAUGAGUUUAUUGAGUUACCUUCAAUUUCUGUAGUAAAUUCUUGGAGACAAAAAGUUGUCAAUAGACAGGAAGUUAUCUGUUUAGAAAUAGCUAGAGAUACAGACCUCUUCAAGCAAUUAAACUAUGAUGUAGAUAUUAUACUUAGUGAAGAAAUUAACAUGAAUAUAUUGAAAGAUUACAAUUGCAAAGUUGAUAUCUACAAAAACAGCAAAGUAGAAUAUGAGGAAGAAGUGGAAUUAUUAUCAAUAAACCAGUCCAAUCUAAAUAAAAGAAUACAGCAGCUACAAGAUAAUCACUUGAGGUGUGGAAAGGCCAUUAAUUCUCACUUCAAAUUUUACUUUUCACUUUUUUGGUCAAAGUCCAUGAAACCUCAUCUAUUAUUUAAUCAUGACAAAGCUACUUUAAACAUUCUUGUAGCUCCAGAUGCAGCAGCAAUUGAGAAUAAUCUUAAUAUAGGAAAUAGUGAUAGCUCGGAUCCUUCCAAAUAUAUAAGUAAGGAAAUACAGACUCUCAGUGGUGGGGAAAGUAGUAGUAUUGGUAUAUCUUUGCUACUAGCUCUUUCUCAAAACAACUUCACUCCCUUUCAUCUAUUUGAUGAACCAGAUGUAUAUAUGGAUGAUACAAGAAGGAUGACUACGGUUGAAUCCUUUAUUCAGUUCCAAAAGAGAUGUGCUAAUGAAUUUUCACUAGGUGAUAACUCUAUGCAGAAUUUGAGACAAAUAAUAUUUGUAACCCCACAUAGUGAAAUAGUUUCCAAUAUUGUUGAAAACCACAAAGAUAUACAUUUUGUUCAACUAGAGAGAAGGCAGUAA